AUGGCUGCUGUAAUGGGUCCCUCGAUUGCACAGCACCCCUCCCCCUUCCGCGCCGCGCACAACGUCUCGGUCUCCCAGUCGAGUCAAGGGUUCCAUACGCCCCCAUCGUGCUAUCCCUCGCCUCCAAAGCUGGUCCGCACAUUACCAACGCUGCCAGCCCCUCUUGCACACCUGCCUGCUCCCUCGUAUUUGCCUCCAGACACCCCGGAGACGCCCUCCCCUUUGUACUUGACAUCAUCGUCCCCCACUUUGACAAUAUCUCCAAACAUGCCACACGGUGUUGAGGACCACACGGCGCAGAUUGUAUCGGCGGAGUCAUUGACCGCGUCAAAGCACGAUGGAACGCCGGUCCGGGACCGGCAGCAUCAGGUGUUGAUCGACAAGUCAAAAAUGUUCGCGUUUGCCGUACCGCCCGCAUGA